UGCCCUUCAGCCACAGCGCGUGGAGAUGGCUUUACUCAGCAACAUCCUAGCGGCCUAUUCCUUUGUCUCAGAAAAUCCUGAGCGAGCAGCCCUAUAUUUUGUUUCUGGCGUGUGCAUCGGACUGGUCAUCACCCUGGUUGCCUUGGUGAUGAGAAUUUCUUGCCACGUAGACUGCCGGCGGCGCCCACCCAGGAGGAAGUUCCUGCAGGACCAAGAGAGCAGCAGUGGUAGCAGCGACAGUGAGGAUGGCAGCUCCGACACUGCGUCUGACGUCUCCAUCCGGAGACACCGCCGCUUCGAGAGGACUUUGAACAAGAACGUCUUCACCUCCGCUGAGGAGCUAGAGCGGGCCCAGAGACUGGAGGAGCGGGAACGCAUCAUCAGGGAGAUCUGGAUGAAUGGUCAGCCUGAGGUGCCCGGGACCAGGAGCCUGAACCGCUACUACUAG